UCAAUCUCUGAACUAGGCAGCGGGAGGGUCACUUGAUACAGUCUCCUCCUCAGCGCCUGUCGGACGGAGAGAUGCUCGCUGCUGUCCCGAUGACUUUACAGGCUGUGCGUCGCGUGCAGCGCGUAGAAUAAAUUAACCGGCAGUUUUAUCUCGCAGUAUUUCCGCACAAAUCCACUGACUGACUGAGCCCCGGGACGUUCCCCCUCCAAAAAUCCCAGCGAAAUAUCCGGAUCUGCGCUAUUCAUGAAUGAGUCUCCUCUUAUUUCAAGAAAGAUCACUAAAAGAAGACGAGAACGCACUUCAGCUCAUCUCUUCAGCGCGAUCCUGCUCCUUGGUGAUCCCAGGUGUUUUGUCUGAGUAUUUGUCGGAGCCCUGUGGGGAUGGGAACGUGCUUGGAUAAAGGAUGGACUUACUGCGGCCUCACUAAAGGUCACCGCCCUCUAAAGGUCAUGUCAUGGCCUCUGGCACUGUGGCUAUUGACUCUAAUCUCUGUGAAUCAAAAGACGACUGUCGGACAGACUGUGAACACCUUCCAAUCAGAGAGGAGGGAAUGGGCGCUGAACCACCUCACUGUGCAUCAGUCCACUGGAGCUCUGUACGUUGGAGCCGUCAACCGAAUCUACAAGCUGUCGGCUAAUCUCACCCUCCUGGUGUCCCACGAUACAGGACCAGAGUAUGACAACAAAGCAUGUUAUCCUCCACUGAUUGUCCAGCCGUGCUCUGAGCCUCUUGCCUCUACUGACAACGUCAACAAACUGUUGCUCAUCGACUACUCUCACAACCGGCUGCUGGCCUGCGGCAGUCUCUACCAAGGCGUCUGCAAGCUGAUGAGACUCGAUGAUUUGUUCAUCCUCGUGGAGCCCACACAUAAGAAAGAACACUACCUGUCCAGUGACAACCAGACAGGGACAAUGUACGGGGUUGUUGUGCCCUCGCAGGGACAGGACGCCACUCUGUACAUCGGCACAGCUGUUGGCGGCAAACAGGACUACUUCCCAACUAUCUCCAGCCGCAAACUGCCUCGCGACCCCGAAUCUUCUGCCAUGCUGGACUAUGAGCUUCACACUGACUUUGUCUCCUCUCUUAUUAAAAUCCCGUCAGACACGCUGGCUCUUGUCCCGCACUUUGACAUCUACUACAUCUACGGCUUUGCCAGCGGCACCUUCGUCUACUUCAUGACCGUCCAGCCUGAGACGCCUGAGAACGGGAUGCCUGCCGGCGGCUCCCCUGGCGACCUGUUUUACACCUCUCGCAUCAUCCGCCUCUGCAAAGGUGACAAGAAGUUCCACUCAUAUGUGUCGCUUCCUGUGGGGUGCGUACACAAAGGCGAGGAGUACCGUCUGCUGCAGGCGGCUUACCUAUCCAAGGCUGGCAGGGUUCUGGCAAAUUCGCUCAACAUCAGUGCUCAGGAGGACGUUCUCUUUGCUGUGUUCUCAAAGGGGCAGAAGCAGUGCCACGACCCUCCAGAUGACUCCGCUCUCUGCGUGUUUACUAUUCAAGACAUCAACACACGCAUCAAGGAGCGGCUGCAGUCCUGCUACCAGGGAGAGGGGAACCUGGAGCUGCACUGGCUGCUCGGAAAGGAUGUGCAGUGCACCAAGGCGCCUGUUCCCAUCGAUGAUCACUUCUGUGGCCUGGACAUAAACCAGCCCCUGGGGGGUUCCCAGCUGGUGUCGGGUCGAACGGUGUACACUGAGAGCAGGGACAGGCUGACCUCUGUCACCUCCUACGUCUACAACGGACACAGUGUGAUCUUCCUGGGGACCCGGAGUGGACGACUGAAGAAGAUCAGAGUGGACGGUCCUCAGGAGGGAGGGGUGCUGUACGAGACAGUGACCGUGAUGAAGGAUAGCAGCCCCAUCCUGAGGGACAUGGCCUUCUCCCUGGACAGGAACUCUCUCUAUGUCAUGUCUGACAAUCAGGUGGCUCAGGUCCCUGUGGAGGCGUGUGAGCAGUACGGUACAUGUGCUGAGUGUCUGAGCUCUGGUGACCCCCACUGUGGCUGGUGUGUCCUCUACAACAUGUGCUCGAGGAGGGAUCGUUGUCUGAGGGCAGAGGAGACCUUCCGUUUCGCCACUGACAUUGAACGCUGCGUUAAGGUUAUCGCUCACCCGGACAGCAUUGCUGUGUCAGCACAUAGUGUCCCUCUGCUGCUGGAGGUGAAUAAUGUUCCAGACCUUUCUGCUGGAAUCACCUGCUCGUUUGGCCAGCAGGCCGAGGUGGAGGGUCAUGUCAACGGGAACAGGGUUAUGUGUCUGUCCCCGGCUGGGAAGGAGGUCCCUCAGAUACCAGAAGGACAAGACUGGGUCGGCAUCGAGCUGCGUCUGAACUCAAAGGAGACGGGUCAAAUGGUCGCCAGCACGGAGGUGAAGUUCUACAACUGCAGCACCCAUCAAACGUGUCUGUCGUGUGUAAACAGCACUUUUCGCUGCCACUGGUGUAAAUACCGCAACCUGUGCACCCACGACCCCAGCAGCUGUUCGUUCCAGGAGGGCAGAGUCAACGCCUCAGAGGACUGCCCUCAGCUCCUGCACUCUGGAGAAAUUCUCCUUCCAGCCGGCGAGGUCCGACCCAUCACCCUGAGGGCCCGAAACCUUCCCCAGCCGCAGUCGGGCCAGCGGGGCUACGAGUGCGUGGUGCACGUGCAGGGUGCCAGCCACCGUGUCACGGCUCUGCGCUUCAACAGCACCAGCGUGCAGUGCCAGAACAGCUCGUACAUGUACGAGGGUGUGAAGAUCAGUGACCUGGCAGUGGACCUCUCCAUCGUAUGGAACGGCAAUUUCAUCAUCGACAAUCCCGAGAAGAUUAAAGUGCACCUCUACAAGUGCAGCGCCCAGCGGGACAGCUGCGGCAUGUGUCUGCGGGCAGAGAGGAAGUUCCAGUGCGGCUGGUGCAGCGGCGAGGGCCGAUGCACCAUGAGGCAGCACUGUCCUCCCAUUUCCCCCUACGCGAGCCGCUGGCUGGACCUUUCUGCCAGGAAUGUCAAGUGUACCAACCCACGCAUUACUGAGGUGAGCCCAGUGGCUGGACCUCUGGAGGGGGGCACACUGGUCACCAUCCAGGGCCUGAACCUGGGUCUCUCCUUCUCUGAGCUGGAGGGCAAUGUGGAGGUGGCGGGUGUGCAGUGCACUCCACAGGAGGAGGGAUACAUCACUGCAGAACAGAUUGUGUGUGAGAUGGCUGCGGCUCCUAAAGGAAGUGCUCCAGGUCCAGUUAAGCUGUGUGUUGGCGAAUGUAGACCAGAACUGCGUGCACAGUCCUCCCAGCUCUACUCCUUUGUGACCCCAUCGAUGUUGGCUCUGACCCCAGGCAGAGGACCUGAAUCUGGGGGCACCAAGGUCACGAUUGUUGGGGAAAACCUUGGCGCAGGCAGCACUGUCACUGUGUACUUUGGUAAUCAGACCUGUGAGCUGUACAGGAGGACCAUGUCAGAGAUUGUGUGCUUCUCUGCGCCGUCUGUGACGAGAGCCGGACCUGUUCAAGUCAGUCUGAGUGUCGACCGGGCCAGCGUUCCUGGGAGUCUGGCCUUUGAGUACAUCGAGGACCCCACAGUCCAGCGCAUUGAGCCCCUGUGGAGCAUCACAAGUGGACACACCACCCUGACAGUGACUGGAACCAACCUGGACGUAGUUCAGGAGCCGCGCGUCAGAGUCAAAUAUGGCGGCCAUGAAUCUGUCAACGUGUGCAAAGUGCUGAACACAACAACCAUCAGCUGCUUCGCCCCCUCUCUGAAGGCGGAGUACACUGCAGACCAGGAGACCAUCAAACACGUGGACGAGUUCGGCUUUGUCUUCAACAACGUCCAAGCUCUACUCACAUACAAUAACACAAGCUUCGUCUACUACCCAAACCCGUACCUGGAACCCCUCAGUCUGUCGGGUGUUCUGGAGCAGAAACCUGGAGCUCCGAUCAUACUCAAGGGACGUAACCUGGUGCCAUCUGCAUCCGGAGGCGCCCGGCUGAAUUACACGGUGCUGAUCGGAGAGACACCCUGCUCCCUCACUGUGUCCGACACUCAGUUACUGUGUGAGCCGCCGAACCUCACCGGGCAGCACAAAAUCCUGGUCCAAGUAGGCGGACUCCACAUCUCUCCAGGAGAAGUUCACAUUCGGUCCGACAGCCUGCUCACACUCCCUGCUAUCUUCAGCAUCACUGCUGGAGGAGGGCUGCUCCUCAUCAUCGUCGUAAUCGUCCUACUGGCCUACAGACGGAAGUCACACGAGAACGACCUCACUCUGAAGCGCCUGCAGAUGCAGAUGGACAAUCUAGAGUCCAGAGUGGCUCUAGAGUGCAAGGAGGCCUUUGCAGAGCUGCAGACAGACAUCAACGAGUUAACGAGUGAUCUGGACAGAGCCGGCAUCCCCUACCUGGACUAUCGCACUUACGCCAUGAGGGUUCUCUUCCCCGGCAUCGAUGAUCACCCUGUGCUCAGAGAGCUGGAGGUGCCGGGGAGCGGACAGGUGAAUGUGGAGAAAGCCUUGAAGCAGUUUGCUCAGCUGGUGAAUAACAAGGUUUUCCUGCUGACAUUCAUCCGUACACUGGAGCUGCAGCGCUCCUUCUCCAUGCGUGACCGCGGCUACGUUGCCUCGCUCAUCAUGACCGCGCUGCAGGGGCGGCUGGAGUACGCCACUGACAUCCUCAAACACCUGCUCUCAGAUCUUAUAGAACGCAACCUGGAGAGCAAGAACCACCCCAAACUACUUCUCCGCAGAACAGAAUCUGUGGCGGAGAAGAUGCUGACAAAUUGGUUUGCCUUCUUGCUACACAAGUUUCUCAAGGAGUGUGCUGGCGAGCCUCUCUUCAUGCUGUUCUGUGCCAUCAAACAGCAAAUGGAGAAGGGACCCAUAGACUCCAUCACUGGAGAGGCGCGCUAUUCCCUCAGUGAGGACAAGCUCAUCCGACAGCAGAUUGAAUACAAGACGUUGACGCUGAGCUGUGUGAACCCAGACAAUGAGAACAGCCCAGAAAUCCCUGUCAAGGUGCUCAACUGUGACACCAUUACCCAGGUAAAGGAGAAGAUCCUGGAUGCGGUGUACAAGAACAUGCCCUACUCACAGCGACCACGGGCUGCAGACAUGGAUCUAGAGUGGCGGCAGGGCAGGACAGCUCGUGUGGUGCUGCAGGAUGAGGACAUCACCACCAAGAUAGAGAGUGACUGGAAGAGGCUCAACACGCUCAUGCACUACCAGGUGUCGGAGCGCUGUGUGGUGGCCUUGGUACCCAAACAGAUGUCCUCUUUCAACAUUCCUUCCUCAGCCAGCUUCCCACGCAGUAUCAGCAGAUAUGGUGUGGACGUUCCCUUCCGCUCCACACCCACCAGCCCAGACAGCCCCCACUCCCGUGUGCCCAUGCUGACCCCUGACCUGGAGAGCGGCGUCAAAGUUUGGCACUUGGUCAAGAAUCACGACCACGGGGACCAGAAAGAGGGCGAGCGCGGGAGCAAGAUGGUGUCUGAGAUCUACCUUACGAGGCUACUCGCAACAAAGGGCACACUGCAGAAGUUUGUGGACGACCUAUUUGAGACCCUGUUCAGCACUGUGUGUCGGGGCACCGCCCUCCCUCUAGCAAUCAAAUACAUGUUUGACUUUCUGGACGAGCAGGCCGACAGACACGGCAUCCAUGACAUGGACGUCCGUCACACCUGGAAGAGCAACUGCCUGCCCCUGCGCUUUUGGGUAAAUGUGAUCAAGAACCCCCAGUUUGUGUUUGACAUCCAUAAAAGCAGCAUCACGGACGCCUGCCUGUCUGUGGUGGCCCAAACCUUCAUGGACUCUUGCUCAACUUCUGAACACCGUCUGGGCAAAGACUCACCCUCCACCAAACUCCUCUAUGCCAAGGACAUACCGCAUUACAAAAGCUGGGUGGAAAGGUACUACGCUGACAUCAACCGCCUGCCUGCCAUCAGUGAUCAGGAUAUGAAUGCCUAUCUGGCUGAACAGGCUCGCCUUCACUCCAGUGAGUUCAACAUGCUCAGUGCCCUCCAUGAGAUCUACGCUUACGUCAGCAAGUACAGCCAAGAGAUCAUUGAGGCACUGGAGCAGGAUGAACAGGCCCAGAAGCAGAAGUUGGCUUAUAAAGUGGAGCAGAUCAUCUCAGCCAUGUCUAUAGAGAGCUGAGACACACACACACACACACAUACACCAACAUACAUACACAAACACACACUACAUACACUGAGACAUACUAUAUCAGAGGACUUAUAAACCCGUCGGCAACACACGUGGCACUCAGAUGUGCACAUGAAGAGUAACAUUAUGUAUGCACAUAUACAAUCACAUAUAAGCACUUACACACAUUCAGAUACUGAUGUCCACAGAGACUUUGCAGACGUAACGGACCUACUGUAUAAACAAACUGACAAUACACACACAAAGAGAUUCAUACACAUGCAUAAAUGCACACACACAAAUGUACAUACACACACCGCAGCACACAGAUCGUCCCAAAGCAACGACUUUUGAGUCCAAUGUCAUCGUUUUUUUCAGAAGAAACUCCAACAGGCAAACACCCAACUUCUAAAAACGCUCCUAUAGCGAAAGAGAGCAAGAGAAAAAGGAUUUGGGCCAUCACGGUUGCUGAAUUUGCAGCCAAUUCUUUUCCGCUGGGUAAUGGUUUGUCUUUGUAGUGGGUGCUUAUACUAAAUGUGUGUGUUUGUGUGUGUGUGUGUGUGUGUGUGUGUGUGUGUGUGUGGGCGCGCGCACAUGUGUGUGUGUCAUGGCUGGAGCUCUGAAGAGAACAGCACUUAUUAAGAAUGACUCAACUUGAAAAGUCACUGGAGUUGCUCAACAAAGACAGGAGCCAAUUUAAUGGGACGGCACAUGCGGUGAGACAAGACUCAAAGUACUUUUUAUAUGUCAAAGAUGAAGGACGCUUAUUCGCACUACAUAUCACGGGCUUGGAGUGACAUCGCCAUUCGGAGUGGAGACGUGUAACUUUGUGGUGUUAAGCCUUUUCCUAUUGCCUUUUAAAGGCUUAAAGAAGAGAAACACUAAAGACUCUGGCAUCAUUACUUUUCAUCCCCCACUUGAAGCUUCCUGUCCUAAGUUUUUUUUUUUUGUUUAAUGGAGAGUUUGUGAAUUACAGCUCUGCCAGGGAUUGAACAAUACACACAAAAAUUUGUAAGGUAAGUGUACAGCUCUUUAAAGGUUCUGUGCAUAACUUUCAGAAAAUCCUUGUUAUUAGCGACUCGCUUAGGUUACAGCAAGCUCUUUGGCCGCCAAGCUAGCUGUAACUUUGCAGCGCUGCAUGGAUUUGCCGCUGGAUGCUUCACAGCUGUUAGUCAUUUUCAACCCAGCCCUGGGAGUCUGGAUGAAUAAGCUGGCAUUAUCACUCAAAAGAUAAUUUUGAUAUGAUUGCUAGGCAGCAAUUUUUACUGCUUUAAAAAGCAACCUAGCGUUAGCUAACAUUACCAAGCUAAAACCACAUUAUCACAAUAUAUUUCGCAUGUCAGUGCUUCCUCUGGGAUGCUGUUCACCACUGCAGGGCACUGAAACUAUGACAUGGGACACUGAAUUUGAUACAUUUACCGUUUAUCGGACCACAGAUGAGACAAUAAUUAGCUAGCACACUUGGGUGUCCUUCGCUUCACUCCUGCUGCUCAGAGGAGAGUGGACGGCAGACCCAGAGACGGACCUUCAGUCAGCGGCGGUAAUGGCUUGAAUGUAACCAUCACAAAGUCAGUUUUUAAGUUACUAAUCCAUUCAUGCAUUGGCAAAAAAAAAAAAAAAAAGAUUAAUCUAAAAAGUUACAUACAGAACCUUUAAUAAUACAACACUACAAAGGCAUUACCUUCAAAUUUAAAAUAUAUGUGGAGAUAUUUCCUGAAACAAUCCCUGGCUUUCUGUGCCAAAUAUAAUAAGUCUCAUGUUUCAUUCAUAUAAAAUGCUCCUGUAGAAGCGAUUAAUAACACAUGUCAUUGUAAGGAAAAGAUCCCAUUUAAGAUAGGAAAUUUUGUACAGUGAUGAUCUAUAGACCACCAAUUCAGCCAUUCAAAGAUAAGUGGAGACCAAAUUGAACUGUAGCAGAAAGCAUGAUUAAUGAUGCUAUAAAUCUGAUCGAGGAUCAGAUUAGCCAAACCUCGGCCAACAGCGCCGCUCCCCCACCCUCCCCCGUCUCAUCAGUCAUUGUUUACAUUCAGCGUGAUACUUGAAAAUGCACCGAGUGUACGAGACAUUAAGAACACCUGCUGCUCCUGUGAAGUAAUCUGCUUGGAUUAAGUUAGAUGAAGGCUCUGAUGCCCCACUGAUUUCCCCAAUAAAUCCACUUUCAACAUAACCUGGAAAUUAAACGCAGGAAACGAGCUGGAAGGAUUUCUCACCCCUGGAGACAUUUGAGCUGUGGGUGCUGGAAGAGCGUCGGCAGCUCACUAUGAAGACGGUGUUCCUAAUAUUUUGUCUACAGGGUGGAAAUAUGAUGUAACGUGUUUGGAUCAGCAGCUGGUCCUUGUAAAGUUAAUUCAUUUAGUAUGGAAGCAAAUAAGAGACUAUUUGUAAUUUAAGAGCCACUGAGUACUUAAUAUUGAAAUUUAAACACCACUGAAUGUC